CCACCGUUAUACAUUCUGGUUAUUAUUGUCACCAUCAUUAUUAUUCGACUUUAAUGAUCGGAAUUAGUAAAAGUGAUUGAACUCAGAUUAAUAUGCCCUGAAACCUUUGCUGCGCAAACCGAAGCCUAAAAUCACAACCCAAAUUAAAGAUCAGAAUACUCUCCGGUGCCAGACGAAGAGAGUAGUUUAUUUAGGGUUUUGAAUUGAGGAAAAACUGAUGGCAAUGGAAAAGCCUUCAAAUCAUCAAAUUUCAACAGACAUCCUGACCAAAGGGGCUCUUUCAAAUCCAGAAAUUCCCGAACAUGUCAUCAUCCAAAACGUCCUCCUCAAGCUUCCUGUAAAGGAUUUGCUGCAGUUGAAGAUCAUUUCCAAAGUUUGGUAUGAUCUGAUCAGCGGUCCUGAUUUGACCCGGCUAUACAACUCGCAUUCUCUUGCCAGUGGGAUCUUAAUGUUAAUUUAUGACCUUGAACACUGUCCUCAUCUUUUCAUCGAGAACGCGGUAGGAGAUGCAAUUUCGACGAAAAUCUAUCUCCGGAGUUCGGACAAUGUUUUCUCAAACAUUUUCCGCGGCCUUAUAUGUUUCUACAGCGCGACUGAGAACCAAGCAUUUGUGCUCAACCUCACCACACAUGAGACGAUACCCCUCCCUCGUCUUCGAUACCAAAGAAGAUCCCUGCUGGGUUUGGGGUUUGAUCACGUUGCUAACAAGUAUAAGGUUGUCUAUUUUGAUAGUGCACAAUGCAGGAUUCUCACAUUGGGACCGGGAAUGAGAAGAAAGAAUUCUUGGAGGACUGUCCCGAGUAAAGGACUGCUGCCUUCAAUCCGAGGGAAUUGGAAUGUAGACAAACUAGAUUCAGACAGCCUGAUUCAUAUUCAAGGGCGGUUGUAUUGGAUAGCGACAAAGACACGCGUAAUUUGUUAUUUCGAUCUGAACGAGGAAAGGUUUGGGACUAUUCCAGUUCCACAGGAGGUUCAACAGCUCAAAUGGAGCGGUAGGAUUACUGAAUACUGCGGGAAGUUGGGAAUCGUACAGUUAUCCAAAUUACAUGGGGAGCUAUGUUUGAAGUUUUGGAUAUAUGAUGGCGGGGAUGAGGCUGCGGUUGUUUGGACAGAGGAGAGUUUGGAGCUGAAGAUGAGACGGGAACUUGUAAUCACGAAUGCACUUUGUGGAAGUGAAAUCAUUUUGGGGACCAUGCCUAGCCUCGGCAAUUCAGUUACUGAUUCGUGGACUCGGAGGAGAUUCAUACCCAAACUCCUCGUCUGCAAUAAGACGGGAGAGUGUGAGCAUAUUCCAACUGAUGAUCCUGAUUAUAGCUUCCCAGCCUUUUUGGGAGUUGUGGAUUUAAACUUUGCUUCUUUUGGAUCUUUGUUUUUCUGCACAUAACUAAUUAUGUGGUUAUUAAUACUUCACCUCCUAAGCUGUAGUUAGUAUCCUUGAAUCAGUUUUAUCUGUCUAGCAGCCAGCUUUUCCUUAUGAACGAAACUUAUGUAGGCCCUCAAGUAAAAUCAUUCAAGUUAAUAGUCAGGAGUCAAAAGUGAAAAUAUUCAAAUUAAAAUAAAUCAUUCUACCAAUUAUUAAUUACUUUUCCUAACCAAUGUACGUUGAUGCAG